AUGGAUGUGGUAGCAAGGUUAGCGUCACAAAGUGCAGUGGUAAUAUUCAGUAAGAGUACAUGUUGCAUGUCUCAUGCAAUUAAAUGUCUGUUUUAUGAGCAAGGCGUGAGCCCUGCGAUUAUCGAGAUCGAUCAAUACAUGUACGGUAAAAAUAUUGAGUGGGCUUUAGCCCGGUUGGGAUGCAGCCCUCAGGUUCCCGUGGUUUUCAUCGGAGGGAAAUUAGUAGGAACUGCUACUACCGUUAUGACUCUUCACCUUGACGGGUCAUUGAAAAGGCUGCUCAAGGAAGCUGGUGCUUUAUGGCUUUAG